GGGAAAGAGGAAGGAGGAGGGAGGUCGCUUGGGUCGGGUGGCGCUGGAGGGACGGUAAAGGCGGCGACUGGGAGGCGAAGUUUGGAGUCGGGAGUUGGGCUGAACCCCUGGCGGGGAGGAAUUACUGCCGCCCGAGGCGGGGGAGGGGCGGGGGGGGAGUUAGGGAGUCGCCGCCGCCGCCAUGGGGAACCGGGGGAUGGAGGAGUUGAUCCCGCUGGUCAACAAGCUUCAAGAUGCCUUCAGCUCCAUCGGGCAGAACUGCCACCUCGAUCUGCCGCAGAUCGCCGUGGUGGGCGGCCAGAGCGCCGGCAAGAGUUCCGUCCUCGAAAACUUCGUCGGCCGGGAUUUCCUUCCUCGUGGAUCAGGGAUCGUUACCAGACGUCCCCUCAUCCUUCAGCUCAUCUUCUCCAAAACAGAGUAUGCAGAGUUCUUGCAUUGUAAAUCCAGAAAGUUUACAGAUUUUGAUGAGGUCCGGCAAGAGAUCGAAGCAGAGACAGACAGGGUCACAGGAACCAAUAAAGGCAUUUCCUCCAUUCCUAUAAACCUGCGGGUCUAUUCACCACAUGUGCUGAAUUUGACUUUGAUUGACCUUCCGGGUAUUACAAAGGUACCAGUGGGCGAUCAGCCUCAGGAUAUUGAGUACCAGAUCAAGGAAAUGAUCCUUCAGUUCAUUGGCAGAGAGAGCAGCUUGAUCCUGGCAGUCACUCCAGCAAACAUGGAUCUGGCAAAUUCCGAUGCCCUCAAAUUGGCCAAAGAAGUUGAUCCUCAAGGCCUGCGGACAAUUGGUGUUAUCACCAAGCUUGAUCUGAUGGAUGAAGGCACAGAUGCCAGGGACGUGCUUGAAAACAAGUUGCUGCCUUUAAGAAGAGGCUAUAUUGGAGUGGUGAAUCGGAGCCAGAAGGAUAUAGACGGCAAGAAGGAUAUCCGAGCGGCGCUUGCAGCUGAGAGGAAAUUUUUCCUCUCUCACCCAGCAUACAGGCACAUGGCUGAUCGUAUGGGCACACCCCAUUUACAGAAAACCCUUAACCAGCAAUUGACCAAUCACAUUCGAGAGUCUCUGCCCUCUCUGCGCAGUAAACUCCAGAGCCAGCUGUUGUCCCUGGAGAAGGAAGUUGAAGAAUACAAGAAUUUCCGCCCUGACGAUCCUACCCGGAAAACCAAAGCACUUCUGCAGAUGGUCCAGCAAUUUGCUGUGGACUUUGAAAAGCGAAUUGAAGGCUCAGGAGAUCAGGUUGACACGCUGGAACUUUCUGGUGGUGCAAGAAUUAAUCGCAUCUUCCAUGAGCGGUUUCCAUUUGAGCUUGUGAAGAUGGAAUUUGAUGAGAAAGACUUAAGGCGAGAAAUUAGCUAUGCAAUUAAAAACAUCCACGGAGUAAGGACGGGUCUCUUCACCCCUGACAUGGCCUUUGAAGCCAUUGUGAAAAAGCAGAUUGUAAAGCUCAGAGAGCCAAGUUUGAAGUGUGUUGAUCUGGUGGUCUCAGAGCUGACCACAGUCUUUAAAAAGUGUGCUGAAAAGCUUGGCUCAUAUCCCAGGUUACGAGAGGAAACUGAGCGAAUUGUCACCACUUAUAUCAGGGAACGAGAAGGAAGAACAAAGGAUCAGAUUCUUCUUCUGAUUGACAUCGAGCUGUCGUACAUCAACACAAAUCACGAGGACUUCAUUGGAUUUGCUAAUGCACAGCAGAGAAACACCCAAAUGAAUAAGAAAAGAGCCAUCCCAAAUCAGGGUGAGAUACUGGUGAUCCGGAGAGGUUGGCUGACCAUCAACAACAUCAGCUUGAUGAAAGGAGGCUCCAAAGAAUAUUGGUUUGUCCUGACAGCAGAAUCUUUGUCAUGGUACAAGGAUGAAGAGGAGAAAGAGAAGAAGUACAUGCUGCCCUUGGACAAUCUGAAAAUCCGAGAUGUGGAGAAAGGUUUUAUGUCCAACAAGCACGUUUUUGCCAUCUUCAAUACAGAACAGAGGAAUGUGUACAAGGACCUGAGGCAAAUUGAGCUGGCUUGCGACUCCCAGGAAGAUGUGGACAGUUGGAAAGCUUCUUUUCUCCGGGCUGGGGUCUACCCUGAGAAAGAUCAGGCUGAAAACGAGGAUGGGGUACAGGAGAACACCUUCUCGAUGGACCCUCAGCUGGAGCGGCAGGUAGAGACCAUUCGCAACCUCGUCGACUCCUACGUCGGGAUUAUCAAUAAAUCCAUCCGUGACCUCAUGCCAAAGACCAUCAUGCACCUCAUGAUCAACAAUACCAAGGCCUUCAUCCACUCAGAGCUGCUGGCCUACCUGUACUCCUCCGCGGACCAAAACAGCCUGAUGGAGGAGUCUGCUGACCAGGCGCAGAGAAGGGACGAUAUGCUGCGCAUGUACCACGCCCUGAAGGAGGCCUUGAACAUCAUCGGCGACAUCAGCACCAGCACCAUUUCCACUCCUGUCCCUCCCCCGGUGGACGACACUUGGCUCCAGAGUUCGAGCAGCGGUCACAGUCCAACACCUCAGCGUAGACCUGCUGUGACCGUGCCGCCCCCGGGCCGACCUCCGGCCGUGAGGGGCCCCACUCCGGGGCCCCCUUUGAUUCCCGUGCCGGUGGGCACCUCGUCGCCCUUCGUGGCUCCCCCGAUCCCUUCCCGCCCUGGACCGCAGAUGGUGUUCGCCAACAACGAUCCCUUUUCGGCUCCUCCUCAGAUCCCGUCUCGGCCGGCCCGCAUUCCACCCGGUAUCCCCCCGGGUGUGCCCAGGCGACCGCCUCCUUCUGCUCCUUCCCGGCCCUUCUUCUGACCUGCCGUCCCUGGCCUGCAUCAAGAAAUGCCUCUGCCCCGCAGUCAGUCUGAGGCCCUCCCCCGUCUGCACCAGUUCAGUCUUCAGCCAAGCUCGGCUCCGGGGCCUGCAGUUGCCCCUGGCUGGGCGGCUGGGUCCGUCCGCCCGAUGGGGGGUUGGCGCCUGAGGCCCGAACCCCGAUAGGAAUCACUGUGGCAGCCCAAUCCCUUCCCUCUUGACCUGUGGUUCCUCCACCCUCCUCUCUCCCUUCUCGGGCCUUGUGGCCCCCGACCAAUACUAGAGAGAGGGUAACUUGGCUCAGUAUGGCCUCCACCCAGCACCUAGCAGAGUGUUGACAGUGGAGAAAUGUGCAACGGAGUCUCUAAACCAGAACCAGGAAACUGAGCAGGGAGGCUCCCAGCUAAAUAGAGGAAGAGGUAGAGAGCUCAGCUGGCGGCUUGGGGC